UGUCGUGCAGAAAGGUUUAAUUAUAAAGUGCAACAAAUUAUUAAAAAUAUGGCAAAUGAGUUUAAAAGUGAAGAAGAAUUAAAACAGUAUCUUGAAAAUUUGGGUACUGAAUAUCGAUUUUCUUGCUUCAAAGAAAAGAACUUAGAAGGUUGCCAUUUGCUGGGAGAUUAUUUGGAAGCAAUUCAGAAAGAUUUUGAAGGAGCUUCAAAAGUUUAUAAAUCAAAUUGUGAUGAAAGAAAUUACGCUAGAAGCUGUUUUAAAUAUGGUAACUAUUGUUACCUAGGAAAAGGUAUUGAAAAAGAUAUUUUGGGUGCUUUCAACUACUAUAAAAAGGCUUGUAGUCUUGAUAGUGCAGACGCAUGUUUACAUUGUGGCGUGAUGUUAACAACUAAAGAUAAAAGUGCAAAAGAUAUUAUCACAAGAGACUAUGUUGAAGGCCUAAAAUAUUUAGAAAAAUCUUGUGCUGGAGGAAAUGCUACAGCUUGUUAUUUUGCUAGUAGUCUGUACAUAACAGGUGCUGAAGGUAUUCUAAAAAACAGAACUAAAGCCUCAGAAUUAUCUCGACUUGCCUGUGAAGGUAGAAAUGUUUAUGCAUGUAUGAAUCUUAGUCAAAUGUACAAAGAAGGAGAUGGGGUUGAAAAGGAUGAAGAAAAAGCAAAUCUUUAUAAAGAACGUGCUCGAGAAAUAAGAGGAGACUUGAAAAAGAAACAUUCUCUAGGUCUUCAACAAUUUACUUAGUUUAAAGAAAAAUUUUUAGUUAUGAUAAACAUUUAAUACUAUUUAGAUACUACUUGAAGAAUUUUGAUCUUAUGUAUGAAAUGUCCAUAGAAAUGAAGUUAAAUGGAAAAUCAUUGAAAAUUAAACAAAAUAAAAAAAGCAUUCUUACUGAA